GACCCGACCCAAGCAGCGAGGGGGAGCAAAACCGCCGCCGCCGACCACCGCCCCGAUUCGCCGGCGCUGCUCUCCCCGCCGCGGAGGACAUGGCGUCCACUUUCUCCUUCCCGGAGAUGACCCCGGCGCAGCUCGCGGAGGGGCUGCACACCUUCGGCAUCGCGCCCACCGCUAACCUCCGCGCCGAGGACAUUGUCAUCCCGCAGCCCGACCUCCUCCCCGGCGUCCUGUCCCUCUUCCUCUCCACCGUCGUCGGCGACGACCCCGACGACCAGCUAGGGUUCGACCUGCUGCAGAAGCUCGACAACCCGGAGCUCUACAUGGGCGCCAUAGGCCUUAGGCGCAUUUACCGGAGGGCGAGGGACGUCCUCGAGUCCAUCCACUUCGGGGGCCUCACGUUCCGCGACUUCCUCCGCCCCGAACCGCGCCGCGUCGUCUACAUCCUCAGCGCCAUCGUCAACUACCUCCACUUCAGGCACGAGAAGCUCGCACUCCUCAACCCCAUCGUACAAGAGUUCUCCGGCGUUGAGGAGCGCCUCACGGAUGCCAGGGCUAGGAUCGCCGAGCUUCAGAAGGUGAAAGAGGAUCAUGCGUACAAGGAGCAGAUGGACGAGCCUGCCGUCCAGCAGCUGCAGGCGGAGGUCAACGCCCUCAAGCAGAAAAUUCAAGAAUACAACACAAAGCAGCUGGCUCUGCGAAGCAGAGCAAAAGCCAUAGAUGAAAAGAAAGAGGGGAUUCUUGCCAAGAUCUCCCAAGCUGAUUUCGAGUUGAUGAAACAUUCCCAAGAAAAUUCAAAGCUAUUGUCCAAAAUUGUUCAGUCCCCUGAAAAGCUUCAGAAAAACCUUGAGGAGAAGAAAGGAGUCCGUGAUGAGUUAAAGACCUUGGAGAAGAUGGCAAUGCAUAAAGUCCAGGACAAAAACAAUACUCUUGAGAUGUAUGCAAAGGUCUGUGAGAAACUAUCGAAGCAUCUCUCUAAAAUCGAUGCUCUACAUGAAACGAGCACUGCUGCUAAAGCUUCUGAGAAGGAGGUUAAAACACUCAAGGCCAAGAUUAGUGAUCAAAGUUUGGAGACGAAGACCCUUCGUAUUAAAGCUGCUGAAUGGCAAUCAAAAGUACAUGAAACCGAGGACCGUCUCAAGGCAAAGGAGAAAGAAAAGGACCAAAGAAUUGGAGAGAAUAAACAGAAGAUGACUGCACUGAAAUCUGAAGUUGAAUCAGAACUUAAGUGCCUUGCAGAUAGGGAAAGGGAAACUGAGGAGAAAGUUGCAAAGGCUGCUGAUUUGUGCUCCCAAGCUGAUGUGGUAGACGUUGCUGGCAGAAAAAAACGAGAGGAAAUCUUUGCCAGGUUUGAGCAAGUUUGCGAGACGGCUGACCUGUACAUGGAUGGCAUCGAUCGUUCAGUCAAAGAAGUUGACGAAGCGAGUAUGACCAUUAUAGCCCAGAGUGUCGCUUUAUGUGACGACAAGUACCCUUCUGGCAUGGAAUGAUGGAUGUAUAUCCCCUUGUGUAUACCUGAUUACCUGUACUGGAUUCUGGACAACAUUUGCGUCUCGAUCCAUGCUGCUCUAUUCCAGUAUGGUCGUAAUAACUCGGAAUGCGGUUGCCGAGCUAGUGUUUUAUUGCUGGCGUCCCGGUCGGUGGUCAGCCAAUGGGAAUGAUUGUUCUCUCUGGAUUGUUGUGGCACAACUCAA